UACGAAAAAGCUUUUAAAACAAAUAUUAAAGAGUACUACGACAAACCGUGAAGUUCAUUGCUUGAUUUCAGUUAUAUUUAUGCUUUUUACCUGCUGUAAUGAGUCCAGGACGUUCUUCCGAAAUGUCGCACAUUGUGGAAUUCAACAGCCACAUCCAAUCGUAUUUUAUCAGCAGCACUUAUGGCAAUGAAACGCUCGUGAACCGAUGCUUAGAGCAACUGGCUGCAGCAAAUCUGGAAAACAGGACCUUUGAUGUGUCCUUGUAUGAAUGUAACAUUUUCUUCGUAAAUUUGCAUAAACUUCUAAGCCAUAGCAUGAAGAAAACGAACCUCCUAUGGUCGGUUGUAGCGGUACUAGAAAUUGCCGUGACUGACGAUGAAACUCGCGUUGCGCUGGUAGACAAGUUCCGUUUCCUACCGAUUGUUUCACUUCUACUGCUGGAAGUGCAUACGCCGGACCAGCAGAAGCGUGUUCUUUCACUAUUGCACCAUCUGUCUUACGGGACCACAACCGAUGGGCAGGAAAUGUUUGUGGAACGUUUAGUCCAGAAGCUGCUUAGCCUCAUCGAACAGAACCACGAAAAGCAGGAGCGCUGUGAGGUCGCACAGCUUGCAUUGUCCAUACUGGUGAAUCUGUGUCAUCGAGACCUUUCGACGACGUUUGUGCUGACGAGAAACACGAACAUAUCUGGAUUUUGUAAGCAGAUUAAAAAGUUCGGACUGCUCGCAUGCAAAAUGUACAUCAUUCUGGAGCAGAACGACUAUGUCAAGGAGAUUGAUCUGCAUUACCUGUUGCGUAUGAGCUUUGAGGAAGUUCGAUUAAUGCUAGCAUCGAAGAAUAGUUUCAGUUUGAGGCAUGUGGUUGACUUCCUGCGCUACGUACGAACGCUAAGCAGCACACAUGAGUCGGAACCGGCUAAAGCGGCAGUAACGGACGAAUACUUCCAGAAGGAUUUAAAAGAAUUUUUAUUAGAAAUUGAAAAGUAUUGGGAGAAUAGUACCCCUUCGCCUGAAGGGGAAACAGCUGGACGAAAGAAAAAGACAAAGCAGAAAGGUGAGUUGAAGAAGGAUCGUACCAGUGACGGAUUGUUUGAAAUUUUGGAAUGUAUCGUGCUGCUCAAGCCGGAAGAUAAGGAACUGUACAGGAAGAUUAGCGAAUUCGGUCCCAUCAAAUUAAUCAACAAUGCAAGAGAUGACUGUUCGAAAGCGGUCGAUCUGUUGCGCACGAUACUGGAAAAGAAUCCAAAGGAUACAGCCUUCGCUGAGGAGUGUAAAACAGUGCUCACACCCUUAAUGACCACGAUUACAAACAAUGACGAUGAGCGACUUGCAGUAGCAUUCACGAAACUGUUGACCACAAUCGGAAAGGCACUGAACACGAUCGACGAUGCAAUGAACGAGGUAGCGGAACAAUUUUUCCAGCAUCUCUUUGGUAACAUUUUAAGUAACGUACGCGACUGUGCCAUGUUCAAUUAUUCGCUUGCCGACGGUCACGUACGGGUAUAUCUAUGGGCUGUACAUACGUUCAAUGAACUGGCCAACAUUUGCCCAACCCAUUGGUAUGCUAAGCUAACGAACCUGCUCAAACAGAAGCCGAUCCAGUUUCUGAUUGCCAAAGGGUUAACCGGAGGCAGCGAUGUCGAGUUGCUGGAAGCAUUACUUCAUGUGGCAGCAUCAACCGAUUUUCCCAAACAAGAAGUAGCCCAAAUGAUCGAUAUGCUGAAAAGCAAUGUACCAGCGUUAGGUGGAAACGAUGCGAGGACUCCAUUUUCGUCCGUUAACGGGAAUGUGCACAACAUUCAGCCACCGACGGGAUACACCUACAUGCGAGCACUUAGUAGAGACCUGCAGGAACGGAUUGAUCAGGCCGUAGUCCAUAUACAGGAUGCUAAAGCAGCUGGGUUAAUAAAUGAAGUGGAAAAGUCAGAGCUUGUUGAGUUCUACACGUACAAAAUUAACAUGCAAACGAGCUUGAUGCACGAUCUAAGAAACAGUUUAGAAGCGACAACGGCGCAAAUAACGACUCUGACUCAUCAAAAUCAACUACUGAUGGCGGAGAUUGAUAAGAAUCAGAAGAAAAGUCUUCCCCUCUUAUUGAAGGAGUCAGCAUUGGAAAACGAGAACCGUCUUCUUGAACUGGAGCUAGUGCAGAUGAGAUUAGCGGCCGCAACGUACGAUAAAAAAACGAGCCAGAUGAAGCAGGAGCUGGCAGAGUAUAUUAAAAAGUACGGUGAAAAGAAUCAAAAAUGUGCGGCAUUGGUGAAGGAGAUCGAGCAUUUGCGUACACGUGACGACAAUUAUGAGAAGGAAAACAAACGUCUUCAGUUGGAGCUGGCGGCUAUGACUAAAAAUCGAGAUGAUGCACGUAAGUUGCUCAAGCUUGGUGAAGAGGACCGACAGAAGCUUACCGAACAGCGAGAAGCAGAACGCAAGCAGUACGAAUGUAAAAUACGCGAACGGGAGCGUGACAUUUCCAAGCGCAACGAUCUUAUUCAGCAGCUAGAACAAACGCUCGUACAGCGGGAUAGUACGAUUGAAACGCUCGAAACGGACGGAAAAGAUUUGAGGGAGAAGGUAAAAGAACAGGAAGAACGUAUUGCGCAGAUCGAAGCCGAGUUGAAGGAAAGCGAAAAAAUACAACAAGCGAUCUGCAGUUUAAUGAACAAGAACAAAAAAUAAUGGACGACCCGGGCUAGAAAACUAAUUUAUGGUAAGCAAUGGAACAGGCAAUAGACUCAUAAAGACUUGUGGAGAUUUUAAUUGUAAAUUU